UGUAGUGUCAUUUAGCAAACUAUUCGUUGAAAUAGAUUUAAAUGUGGUGGUGAUAUUAAGUUUUAAUAACGAUGAGUGUCAAACAAGCACUUGUGUUUGCUACCGUUGCGUUAGUUCUGUAUUAUUUUCUAACGGACACGAAGACAUACGAAAGUCAUCGAAAGAUUUUGUCUGAGACGAUUCAAAGUGAAUACGACUACAUCGUAAUUGGUGGGGGAUCAGCAGGGUCAGUGGUUGCUGCACGUCUCUCGGAGGACAAGGAGAACACUGUUCUCCUGCUAGAAGCGGGCGGCUUUUACGAUGAAGACCCGGCGUUGCAUAUUCCGAUGCAAUGGUCAAAGCUCGGUCACUCGAAAUAUGACUGGGAAUACUAUACAGAGCCACAAGAAGGUGCGUGCUGGGGCUUAAAAGAAAAUCGGUCCUAUUGGCCGCGAGGUCGUGUUCUAGGAGGUUCAAGCGCCAUAAAUAUUUUGCAAUACACUCGAGGAAUUCCUUACGAUUAUGAUAAUUGGGCAGCAAAUGGAUGUGAGGGUUGGAGCUAUGAAGAAGUGUUGCCGUACUUUAUGAAGUCUGAAGAUAUUAAAAUUCAAGAUCUAAAACAUUCUAAAUUUCAUCACUCUGGCGGUCCGUUGUCUGUAUCUUCCGUCCCGGAUCUUCCCAUGACGUCACAUUUUCUCAACGCAUUGAAGGAAUUAGGGUAUCGUUAUAUCGACUAUAAUUCCGACGACAUCGAUGGUGUAAGCAAAGUCCAGCUAACCGUUGAUCGAGGUGUUCGAUCGAGUACAGGAUUAACGUUUUUAGGAAGAUCAGGCAAGAGAGAUAACUUGGACAUCGUUGUGAAUACCUUUGUAACAAAACUUGACAUUAAAGACAAAAAAGCCAGAGGAGUUAACUUCAUGCGCAAUGGCAAAAAAGGUUAUGUUCAGGCAAGAAAGGAGAUAAUUGUUUCGGCAGGAGCUAUUAACUCACCACAGUUGCUCAUGCUGUCGGGUAUAGGCCAUAAAAAGCAUUUGGAAGAUUUGAAAAUACCCGUCAUAGCCGACUUACCCGUUGGUGACAAUUUACAGGAUCAUCCUGCCGUAUACAUGUACAACGAUAUCAACCAAGAUUAUAGUACAACUCAAAAGGUUAAAGAUAGCUUAGUCACACAGCUUAAAUGGAUGGUUCUUGGCGAUGGACCGCUAGCUUUUGCAGGUAGUGAAGUGCAUGGCUAUUCUGCGAUAAAUGACAGGAGUGAUGGUAAAGCGCCACCGGAUAUACAAUUUGUAUUGUUUUCCGGUAUACUCGCCCAAAAUGACACAUACUUGAAUAUAAAGGCGGAUGUUGCUAAGGCGUAUUUACCUGAGUCUGCGAAUGCACAAGGAAUGAACUUUAUCAUUCUUGCAAAUCACCCUAAAAGUAGGGGUACACUUAGAUUGCGCAGUAAAGAUCCAUAUGAUUAUCCAGUCAUAGAUCCGAGGUACUUUUCUGACAAACGUGAUUUAGAAGUCAUGAUAGGGGGUAUUCGUCUGUGGGAGAAAUACUUAAAUACACCGACAAUGAAAAGCCUCGGGGCGGAUAUUAGGCGUAUGAAGGUCUCAUUUUGUUCCCAACAUGAAUUCAACACCGAUGGAUAUUGGGAAUGCGUAGUACGGCACUUAACUUUUACAGGGUACCAUCCUUCAUGUACGUGCAAAAUGGGCGCAGAAAAUGACCCUACAACUGUUCUGGACCCUCAAUUAAAAGUUAAAGGUAUCAAAGGUCUAAGGGUCGUCGAUGCCUCUGCUUUUCACACCAUUAACGCGGGAAAUACGAACGCGCCUACUAUUAUGAUAGCCGAAAAAGCAGCAGAUUUGAUUCGCGGAAAAGACACGGUGAAAGAUAUAAGGCAAAGAAUAGUGGGUGAAAAAUGAGUAGCAACAUUUAAUACCAAAACAACAGAAAUGUUUUUAUGAUGUUAAGUGGUGUUGGUUUUGCAUUUAUCUAAAUAUCUGAUGUAUAACAUUGUAUCAAUGUAAGAAUUUCGAAAUACAUGUACAUAUCAAA